GUGACGAACUGGGUGGAGCCCGCCGCCGCCGCCGCCGCCGGGGAGAGCGAUGCCCCGGCCCCGCAGCUCCCCAAGCCCGCCCCCGGCCGCCCGCGGGCCCACGGGCCGGUGGCGGGAGUGAGCGGGGGCCGGCGGCGGGAGUGAGCGGGAGCCGGCGGGCGAAGAGCCGCCGCCCGGCCCGCGAUGUCACCAUUGUUCAGCUGGGUGGCCAAGGUGCCUGAGAUCAUCAGCUCCAUCCGUCAGGCGGGGAAGAUCGCCCGGCAGGAGGAGCUGCACUGCCCGUCCGAGUUCGACGACACGUUUUCCAAGAAGUUCGAGGUGCUCUUCUGCGGCCGCGUGACGGUGGCGCACAAGAAGGCUCCGCCGGCCCUGAUCGACGAGUGCAUCGAGAAGUUCAAUCACGUCAGCGGCAGCCGGGGUUCCGAGAGCCCCCGCCCCAACCCGCCCCAUGCCGCGCCCACAGGGAGCCAGGAGCCUGGGCGCAGGCCCAUGCGCAAGUCCUUCUCCCAGCCCGGCCUGCGCUCGCUGGCCUUUAGGAAGGAGCUGCAGGAUGGGGGCCUCCGAAGCAGCGGCUUCUUCAGCUCCUUCGAGGAGAGCGACAUUGAGAACCACCUCAUUAGCGGACACAAUAUUGUGCAGCCCACAGAUAUCGAGGAAAAUCGAACUAUGCUCUUCACGAUUGGCCAGUCUGAAGUUUACCUCAUCAAUCCUGACACCCAAAAAAUAGCACUGGAGAAAAAUUUUAAGGAGAUAUCCUUUUGCUCUCAGGGCAUCAGACACGUGGACCACUUUGGGUUUAUCUGUCGGGAGUCUUCCGGAGGUGGCGGCUUUCAUUUUGUCUGUUACGUGUUUCAGUGCACAAAUGAGGCUCUGGUUGACGAAAUUAUGAUGACCCUGAAACAGGCCUUCACGGUGGCCGCAGUGCAGCAGACGGCUAAGGCGCCAGCCCAGCUGUGCGAGGGCUGCCCCCUGCAAGGCCUGCACAAGCUCUGUGAGAGGAUAGAGGGAAUGAAUUCUUCCAAAACAAAACUAGAACUGCAAAAGCACCUGACGACAUUAACCAAUCAGGAGCAGGCGACUAUUUUUGAAGAGGUUCAGAAAUUGAGACCAAGAAAUGAGCAGCGAGAGAAUGAAUUGAUUAUUUCUUUUCUGAGAUGUUUAUAUGAAGAGAAACAGAAAGAACACAUCCAUAUUGGGGAGAUGAAGCAGACAUCGCAGAUGGCAGCAGAGAAUAUUGGAAGUGAAUUACCACCCAGUGCCACUCGAUUUAGGCUAGAUAUGCUGAAAAACAAAUCAAAGAGAUCUUUAACAGAGUCUUUAGAAAGUAUUUUGUCCCGGGAGCUAUCUGUGUGUGAAAAGGAGGCCUUGCCCAUCUCUGAGAGCUCCUUUAAGCUCCUCGGCUCCUCGGAGGACCUGUCCAGUGACUCGGAGAGUCAUCUCCCAGAAGAGCCAGCUCCGCUGUCGCCCCAGCAGGCCUUCAGGAGGCGAGCAAACACCCUGAGUCACUUCCCCAUGGAAUGCCAGGAACCUCCACAACCUGCCCGGGGGUCACCGGGGGUUUCGCAAAGGAAACUUAUGAGGUAUCACUCAGUGAGCACAGAGACGCCUCAUGAACGAAAGGACUUUGAAUCCAAAGCAAACCAUCUUGGUGAUUCUGGUGGGACUCCUGUGAAGACCCGGAGGCAUUCCUGGAGGCAGCAGAUAUUCCUCCGAGUAGCCACCCCGCAGAAGGCGUGCGAUUCUUCCAGCAGAUAUGAAGAUUAUUCAGAGCUGGGAGAGCUUCCCCCACGAUCUCCUUUAGAACCAGUUUGUGAAGAUGGGCCCUUUGGCCCCCCACCAGAGGAAAAGAAAAGGACAUCUCGUGAGCUCCGAGAGCUGUGGCAAAAGGCUAUUCUUCAACAGAUACUGCUGCUUAGAAUGGAGAAGGAAAAUCAGAAGCUCCAAGCCUCUGAAAAUGAUUUGCUGAACAAGCGCCUGAAGCUCGAUUAUGAAGAAAUUACUCCCUGUCUUAAAGAAGUAACUACAGUGUGGGAAAAGAUGCUUAGCACUCCAGGAAGAUCAAAAAUUAAGUUUGACAUGGAAAAAAUGCACUUGGCUGUUGGGCAAGGUGUGCCACGUCAUCACCGAGGUGAAAUCUGGAAAUUUCUAGCUGAGCAAUUCCACCUUAAACACCAGUUUCCCAGCAAACAGCAGCCAAAGGAUGUGCCAUACAAAGAACUCUUAAAGCAGCUGACUUCCCAGCAGCAUGCGAUUCUUAUUGACCUUGGGCGAACCUUUCCUACACACCCAUACUUCUCUGCCCAGCUUGGAGCAGGACAGCUAUCGCUUUACAACAUUUUGAAGGCCUACUCACUUCUAGACCAGGAAGUGGGAUAUUGCCAAGGUCUCAGCUUUGUAGCAGGCAUUUUGCUUCUUCAUAUGAGUGAGGAAGAGGCGUUUAAAAUGCUCAAGUUUCUGAUGUUUGACAUGGGGCUGCGGAAACAGUAUCGGCCAGACAUGAUUAUUUUACAGAUCCAGAUGUACCAGCUCUCGAGGUUGCUUCAUGAUUACCACAGAGACCUCUACAAUCAUCUGGAGGAGCACGAGAUCGGCCCCAGCCUCUACGCUGCCCCCUGGUUCCUCACCAUGUUUGCCUCACAGUUCCCGCUGGGAUUCGUAGCCAGAGUCUUUGAUAUGAUUUUUCUUCAGGGAACAGAGGUCAUAUUUAAAGUGGCUUUAAGUCUGUUGGGAAGCCAUAAGCCCUUGAUUCUGCAGCAUGAAAACCUAGAAACCAUAGUUGACUUUAUAAAAAGCACGCUACCCAACCUUGGCUUGGUACAGAUGGAAAAGACCAUCAAUCAGGUAUUUGAAAUGGACAUCGCUAAACAGUUACAAGCUUAUGAAGUUGAGUACCACGUCCUUCAAGAAGAACUUAUCGAUUCCUCUCCUCUCAGUGACAACCAAAGAAUGGAUAAAUUAGAGAAAACCAACAGCAGCUUACGCAAACAGAACCUUGACCUCCUUGAACAGUUGCAGGUGGCAAAUGGUAGGAUCCAAAGCCUUGAGGCCACCAUUGAGAAGCUCCUGAGCAGUGAGAGCAAGCUGAAGCAGGCCAUGCUUACCUUAGAACUGGAGCGGUCGGCCCUGCUGCAGACGGUGGAGGAGCUGCGGUGGCGGAGCACAGAGCCCAGCGACCAGGAGCCUGAGUGCAUGCAGCCCGAGCCCACAGGCGACUGACAGCUCUGCAGGAGAGAUUGCAACACCAUCCCACACUGUCCAGGCCUUAACUGAGAGGGACAGAAGACGCUGGAAGGAGAGAAGGAAGCGGGAAGUGUGCUUCUCAGGGAGGAAACUGGCUUGCCAGCAAGUAUAUUCUUACGAACUCCAACUUGCAAUUCAGGGGGCAUGUCCCAGUGUUUUUUGUUGUUGUUUUUAGAUACUAAAUCGUCCCUUCUCCAGUCCUGAUUACUGUACACAGUAGCUUUAGAUGGCGUGGACGUGAAUAAAUGCAACUUAUGUUUU